AUGGUUGAUUAUAUAAAACACGAAAUCAAAGAAACAACAGAUUUGGUUACAUUAGCUGAUUUAUUUGUUAAAAUGGGAGAAUACGAGAGAGCUAAAAUCUACUACAUGAAAUUUGAAAGUGAAUUGUCAAGUGAUGAUAUCAAUAGAAAACGUGUAUUUGAUGGCCUUUCUAGCUUAGCUGAUAUUGAAGGAAACUACCUUAUUUCAAUGAACAAGUACUCAAAAGCACAUGAAUGUUUCAACGAGCAACUAGAAUUAUGUAAAAAUUUACCAAGUCACCAUCCACAGUAUGGCAAGUGUUAUGCAAAUAUUGCAAAUUUAAAUGAACUUGAAGGACAAAAACAUCUCGCUCUGGAGAAUUAUCAAAAAGCAUACAAAGUCUAUAUGCAAUCGCUUCCAGCUUAUCACCCCGAUACAACCAAAGUAGAACAGUCUAUUGAAAAUCUAUCAUCUCAAAACAAAACAAUACUACCAUCAUUCGAUGGGCAGAAUAUCCUUCAAACGAUUGAAACGUCUGAAGAAAAAUUAGAAACUAAUAAAAAUACUGAAACAUUUCUCAUCGUUUGGCUUGAUGCACAUGUCAAUAAAACACAAGAUAAUGAAAAGACAUACAAUGCGUUACGUUCAAGUGUUAAUUACAUUCAAAUAUUUGACAAUUUACAAGAAGGUGAAGCAUACAUUCGAAGUAUUGAACGUGAAAAAAUUGUCUUAAUUGUAUCUGGUGGCUAUGGAAGAGAAAUUGUACCACGAAUUCACGAUUUGAUACAAGUAAAUUGUAUCUAUGUUUAUUGUUAUGACAAAGCACGUCAUGAAGAAUGGUCAAAGGAUUUUUCAAAGAUACGAUCAAUCAUUACCAAACGAAGACAGUUGAUCGAUGAAAUCACUGAAGAUCAGAAAAUCCGUAAUCUAACCGAAGAUACUGUUCCAAUGAGUAUUCUAAAUCGUACAGCAGUAGCUAAAGAAACAACAGCUAAAGAUAUUUCAAAAGAAAUGGGUUCAAUUCUAUGGUUUCAACUAUUGAUCGAUGUUCUACUACGUAUGACACAUACUAAUGAUGCUAAAACAGAACUAAUACAAACCUGGCGAGAAAAUUACAUGGGAAAUUCAUCUGAAUUACGUAUUAUUGAAGAAUUUGAAAGUCAAUUUAAGCGAGACAAAGCUGUCUGGUGGUACACUCGUCAGUCUUCACUGUAUCGUAUACUGAACAAAGCCCUGAGAGAACAAUCCAUCGACACCAUAUUUGCAUUUCGUUUUUUCCUAACUGAACUAUCAAAACAAGUAUCACAAAUAUAUCAUUCUUAUAUGAAUCAUAUAAAAUUAGUAGGUAUACAAAGUAAUGACAAGAACAUCAUUCAUGUUUAUCGUGGGCAAGUUAUUGCAAAAGAAGAACUUGAACACAUGCAAGCUAGUAUUGGUGGUUUUAUCUCUAUCAAUAGUUUUUUUUCAACAAGUCGAAGUAAAACAAAAGCACGACAAUUUGCAAAGCAAUCAACUGUAACUGAAAAUCUCAAUCGUGUAUUAUUUCAAAUUGAAAUCGAUCCUUAUUUACCAACAAAACCUUUUGCUGAUAUUGAAGGAAUUAGUUACUAUCCAGGUGAACAAGAAAUCUUAUUCAUGCUUGGAUCGAUAUUUCGUAUCAAUAAAAUCGAUUAUGAUGAUCAAGAUGCAUUAUGGAUAUUGAGUAUGAGUCUUUGUAGCGAAAAUGAUUUUGAAUUAAAAGAACUUUUCGUGUAUCUGAAAAAAGAUAUUGGAGAAGAAACAUCAAUGGUGACAUUAGGCAAUCUUCUAGUUCAAAUGGGUGAAUAUGAUAAAGCUGAACGAGUAUUUCUAAGAAUUAAGCAUCGCGAAGGACUUAUCGAAGUUGCAGAACAGAAGGGAAACUUUCAUUUAGCAAUGAAAAGGUAUAAAUAUGCUAUUGAUCAUUACAAAAAUGCAUUGGAACUUCGUCGUGAACUCCUUCCUGUAUCACAUCCAGAUAUUGCUAAAAGUUACAGUUCAAUCGCAAUGGCAUAUGAAUUUUGGAAACAACAUGCAAAAGCCAUUGACUACUAUCAGUGUUCAAUUGAACAAUAUAAGCGUACAAUGAAAGACAAUCAUCCAUUGGUUAUACAAACUAAAAAUAAUUUACUAAGGCUACAAGAACGAAAAAAUCAUUGA